CUCAGCGGCAUCCCCAUCCCAAAUUCCCAAUUCCCUGCCCGACCGGCGACCGACCAAGGAAACGGAGACGAAACGAAACCAGGGGUGACGGGAGGGGAGCAGAUCUCCGGUCUCCAUCUCCAUCCCGCUUCCGAUCCGAUCAGCUCCGAGGCCGCCAUGGCGAACGGCUGCACGUUCCUGGAGGUCCUCCUCGCCAUCGUCCUCCCGCCGCUCGGCGUCUUCCUCCGAUUCGGCUGCUGCAGCAUGGAGUUCUGCAUCUGCUUGCUGCUCACAAUCCUUGGCUAUGUCCCUGGAAUCAUCUACGCCAUUUAUGUCCUUGUUGCCCUCGACUCUGACAGGCACGAGAGGGAAUACUAUACCCUUGCGUAGCCCGUUUGUGUGUGCGUCAGGCCUAAGAAUUUCACAGAAUCACAGUGCACAGUGGAGUCGAGUUGCUGUUUUCAUGUGAAUUAUUAUCUGAUAGUUCAUUACUGGUGUAACCAAGUGGUCCUGUCUGGAGUCUGGUGGUGAAUCUUUCUUACCCAUCUUGAGGUCUCUCGACGUUGUAUUUCAGUCUGUUAAGUACUUGAACUGCGGUCCAGUUUAUCCAUUCUGUAAUUGUGAUAUACUGUACGAAAGAAUAAGAUGGACUCCUAUUUCUGGGAGCAUUUAUGAUUUAUGAUCGGUGCUUUUCAUUGAUA